AGGAUCAACAGCAGGAUUAAAACAACCAGCAAAUACGACUUCAGCUGCUGGUAAUGCACAAGAUAAUGCUUUAAAUCAAGCGAAUACUAAUGCAUGGACACAAUACUGGAUGCAAUGUCAAGCGUAUAUGCAGCAACAACAACAGCAGCAAUCUCAAGUUCCAUCAGCAACAACUUCAGCAACAAUAGCAGCACCAUCUCAGCUUUAUCCACAAACAUCGGGUAAACAACAACAAACGCCAUCUAGUUCAACAUCAAAUACAAGUGCAUCAUCUGGUGCUCCUUCAGCAUCGAAUUGGCAAACAUGGUUCAAUCCAAAAUGA